AGAAACGGCCUUCUUUUAAAGUUGCCAGGGGGGCAGCGAGGAGCCCUGUACCGAACGACAGAAAGGGGACAAUAUUGAUCUGAAAGGGCAAAUAAUUCAUUCGUUACUCGACGCAUCUGUUGUUAAAACCGAAGACCAGGGCUGAGGAUAUUUGAUAAGGUUCAACACGGAAAACUCGAUAACACCAGGAAAUAAAGAAAAUGUCGGAGCCGGACAAAUUAAACAUCGACUCUAUAAUUCAGCGCCUCUUGGAAGUUAAAGGCUCUCGUCCAGGAAAGAAUGUCCAGUUGACAGAAAAUGAGAUCCGUGGCCUCUGCCUCAAGUCCCGUGAAAUCUUCCUAAGCCAGCCCAUCCUGCUGGAACUAGAGGCUCCCCUCAAAAUUUGUGGUGAUGUCCAUGGUCAAUACUAUGAUCUGCUCCGAUUGUUUGAGUAUGGAGGCUUCCCCCCAGAAAGUAACUACCUGUUUCUGGGUGACUACGUAGACCGAGGGAAGCAGUCACUGGAGACCAUCUGCUUGCUGCUCACCUACAAAAUCAAAUAUCCAGAGAACUUCUUCCUGCUGCGCGGCAACCACGAGUGUGCCUCUAUAAACCGCAUCUAUGGUUUUUAUGAUGAGUGUAAGCGGCGGUAUAACAUUAAGCUGUGGAAGACUUUCACAGACUGCUUUAACUGUUUACCUGUGGCUGCCAUUGUCGAUGAGAAAAUCUUCUGCUGUCAUGGAGGCCUGUCUCCUGAUCUUCAGUCUAUGGAACAGAUCCGCAGAGUAAUGCGACCCACAGAUGUGCCUGACCAGGGCUUGUUAUGUGACCUGCUGUGGGCCGAUCCAGACAAAGAUGUCCUGGGCUGGGGAGAAAAUGACCGUGGUGUCUCUUUUACAUUCGGGGCCGAUGUGGUGGCCAAAUUUUUGCACAAACAUGACAUGGACCUAAUAUGCAGGGCACAUCAGGUGGUAGAAGAUGGUUAUGAGUUUUUUGCAAAGAGGCAGCUUGUUACUCUGUUUUCGGCUCCCAACUACUGUGGAGAGUUUGACAACGCUGGUGCCAUGAUGAGUGUGGAUGAAACACUAAUGUGCUCCUUUCAGAUUCUGAAGCCAGCAGAUAAGAAAUUGUAUCCUUACAGCGGAGGGGCCGGACUGGGAUCUGGGAGGCCUGUUACCCCGCCUCGAAAUUCAGCUAAGGGUGCUAAGGCCAAGAAAUAACACCCACCAGAUCCCCCUCUUCACACCUGCCACCUCCUUCUGGACCCCACAUAUUUUUUUUUUUUCUCUCUACCUCCCAAACCUGUUUCUCUCUUGUCAACAAAUGGCAGCGAAGCAAAGAAACAUCCAGGGUUCAAAUCUGUUUUUCCUCUUUAAAACUAUUUUUAUCUCUUUGUUUGGCUGUUUGUGAAGUGAGAAUGUUCCAGAGGGAAUUUGCUGUAUUAUAUUCCUCCGUUAUUCCAUCAUUUUGUACAGAACAUUUCUGCGUGUUGGUGAUGUCACUUGGGGAUGGGGGAGGGGCUUAGCUGUUGACACUAAGGCCCUGCACUGAUUAAUGCUAAAGAUAAGCUCUUGUUCAUGUUGUUUGAGAUGACUGUGCACAGAGCGGUGUGUGUGUGUGUGUGUGUGCGCGCGCGCGCGUGUGCGUGCUGGGGCGGGGAGCAGAAUAAUGUUUUGCGGUGAAACCGUAACAGCAUGGGGGACUCUCGUGCACAGGUGAACCUGUGAACACAAUGGAUUCACAAUGGUGCAGGUUUUUUCUUUUGUUUUUCUUCUUUGAAAGCCAGUAAUUUGAGGAUGAAGUUGUGAAUGACAGUUUGUGUUAGACAUUUAAAGCCAACAUCUGGCUUAACUUUUUUUUUUUUCUCCUUAUAGUCUUUUCUGAAAUUUGAUGUGGAAUAAAUGCAAACAUUUAUUUGA